AAUGACAUCGAGUACUACACUAACGCUGUCUGCCGUGGUUACCUCGCCGAUCCCCAGGAAGUCGCCAACGCUCGCAUCUGGCUUGCCGAGAAGUACGGCUACGAGGCCAUCCCCGAUCCGUCUGCUGGUCCUCUCAAUGAUCUGGCUCUUGUUUGCAAACAGUCCUGGCAGAUCUUCCAUGGAUUGGAGCCCGGCCGGUUGGUUAGCCUGACAGAUCGCGUGGUCAUUAAGCCUAAGUCACCCGAGCGCGAGGAGUUCUAUAAGGGUUGA